UCCUUCCAGAUCUCUCCACAUGCCCUUGCCACAAUUCUACUUCAAACACUUGGAUGUUGUUUUCAUUCUCAUUUACUUGUUUAUGUAACCCAACCUACAUUGAUAACAGCUCAAGUUAGACGUGUUUUCUCAUGUGGAUUUGAAAAAAUGACAGUUUUCUGAAUCGCUUGCACUGAAGCAGCAGCGAGUUAAUGCCCCAUACAAAGUGCUUUCUUAAUGCAGAAGUUGCUGCUGUAAAUGUCCAGGUUGUGAUUUUAGCAUUGUCGUGGAGAAGGAGACGUUGGAUUUGGACUUGUAGUGGUCUGUGAGUUAUGGAGAAUGACGAUGAUGUGGUGGUGAGGUUCUGUAGAAUGACCACAGCUACACACGAGCAAGCGAGGUUCUUUCUUGAAAGCGCCGAAUGGCAACUCGAGCCUGCUGUGCAGCUUUUUUUGGGGUCUGACGAUGGAGGGCAAGCCGGAGGAACUGCGACAAACUUCGCAGUCUGCAAUUUGGAGGGAGAUGAGAACGUGAGCGUCUCUGAGUCUGAAUUGUUGGCUCCUGGAAUCCAAAUGCCGAGAAGCGCCUUAACUGGUGCGAGGAACCCUGUUUCCUCAGCCGCACCUCCUGAGCUUCCUCAACGGGUUGGGUCUCUCGACAACCGUCAAACCAAACCAAAGGGCAUGGAGGAAGUGAAUGGUAAGAGAAGCGCAUCGUCACGAGGCUUCGUCACGACUCUCGGAGACUUGAAAGAUCAGAAUGAUUCCGACAGCGAUUCUGAGGGUCAGGAGUAUUACACUGGUGGCGAGAAGAGUGGCAUGGUGGUGCAAGAUCCUGGCAAGAAGCACAGUCACCGGGAUGUGGAGCCCGUGUUAGAACGAGUACGUAAGUUGGGAGAGAAUGAUGCUGCAGAGCCCCGUUGCGCAGCUGCUCCUUUGAGAAAUAGAUUCUUUUCAGGUCCUUCCCAUACCCUGUCUGGACAGACUCGACAACUGGAGCCAGCUGCUGUUGAUCGGCCUGGAGUCCAAAUUUCUCCGGAACCCAUUGUUAAGGACGUCCAGUUCUGGAGCAAUGGAAUCGCCGUUAAUGCAGACCCAUUGCGGAGACUCGAUGAUCCUUCCAACUCGCCUUCUCUGGAGAGCAUCAACAGAUCAGAAUGUCCAAGUGAAUUGGAGCCUUCAGAUCGGGGCAUUCCGGUGCAUGUGAACCUUGAAAGAAGGGUAAUUGAAGACAGGAAGGCAACUUCAAAACCCAAAUAUGUACCAUUUCAGGGGGCAGGCCACACAAUUGGAAGCUCCACUCCCGUUGCAAGCGCCAAUGAUGUUUCUCACUUGACGGGUGCGGCUGAUGCAUCACCACAGCACUCACGGAGUUUGAUUGUUGACGAGGACAAGCCGGCCUCUUCAUUACAGCUGAGGCUUUUAGAUGGGACCCGCAUGGUCGUUCGCUUUAACAACGAUCACACCGUCGCUGACGUUCGGAGUUUCAUUGAUGCUGCUCGACCUGGAAGCUCAGAAAACUACCUACUGCAAACUGUAGGCUUCCCUCCGGAGAAGCUCACCAAUCUUGCACAAACAAUAGAAGCUGCAGGUCUCCGCAACGCCGUCAUCAUCCAAAAGAGGUAACUCACAACACACGAAGCGAAUGCCGACCGCCAUAUACCUUGUAGCUCUCUUAGAAAACUGCAGCCAGAUGGAAGGCUAGGUAGCGCUUGUGUUAAACACUGUGUGUUGCUCUUUGCAAUGCGCUUUCAAGCUCGUUUCACUCAACCAAACAAUAUUUUCUUUCAAAUACUCCUUCACUCGGAAUGCAUCGUUUUGAGCACCCACUUCAACAAAUGCUCAUGUUUCCAUCUUCCUGAUCAUCCCAUCAGGUAUAAAUGCCUUGCUGGGAAUUCAAGUUUGUCUUCUGAAUGACUAGAUUAGAGAUAGAUGCACACAAUAUGAACAUCAAAGCACAAUAACGGGAACAGAACACAAUUCUUUCUGGGACAUGAAGAGAGAUCAGGUGGACCAGUGAUGCUUCCGGAUUCAGCAAAUCCAUGUGGUUUUGCAUUGUUUGCAUGGCCCCAUGAGAUGAUUUUAGAAUGCAAACUCGGUUGUAUAGCAAUAUGUGGGAAGAACACUGACACACAAUGCAAUAUCAUUCCCCUCAACCACACAA